AUGGGGCAUUCCAUGUGCAAUCAUGGGAUCUCAAACUUGAUGGUCUUGGAUAUGUUACAGCACAUCAUAAGUAAACAAUCAAGUCCAAAGUUUGUAAUUCAGUGGAUUAAAUUCACAACUUGUUUUAUGUUCACGUGGCCUCCAAAUCCAAAAUCAAUACGACUUACGGAAAUUAUUUUCAAAAUAUGUUAGUGGAUUGCCUCAAUUGUCGCUGUAACAAACGCUCUUCCAUUGUUCAGCACGGCGUACCAAUAUCGGAACAAUUUCAGCAGAGUCACUGAAUGUUUAACUAUUGGAUUAUGUUCUACUCAAGUUGUGUUGAGAUUGAUCAUUGCGAACCAUAAUUAUCGCCGCUGUCAGUAUCGAAUUGAAGACAUGGAGACUUUCGUGAAGAAUGCAAAACCCCACGAACGAGAAGUAUUAACGACUUACGUGAAGCGAGUUGCUCCAUUUUACUUCCGAUAUAAUAUUAUGGCUGUUGGCGCAGCUCUGACUUAUGCGUUUAGUCCUUUCGUUAUGGAUCAGCCGUUACAGAAUUCAGCAGAAUUCCCCAUUUCUGUAGAUGAACAUCCUGUUUAUGAUAUAGUUUUCGUAUUGCAAGCAAUAGGAGGGGCCAAAGUCGGUUGCGGUGCCGGUUUCUUAUGUCAAUUCUAUCUGCUUCUUUGGUAUGGAACAAUUCAACUAGGAUUUCUUGCUGAGAAAAUUGAGCACAUAACCAGUUCACAAGAACUGGCAAAAUGCAUCUCUAUACAUCAGCGUAUCUUACGGUAUAUCGAAGAUGCCAUCGAAAUCGCACGGCCUGUGGUAGCAGUGAUGCUCGCAAUGACAACGAUAUCCAUUGCAUGUGGAGAAAUUCAUAUAGUUGGAAAUGGGCCAGUCCUUAAAAAACUUCAAUAUACUUUGAUACAAAUUGCGUACGCUUCACCAUUACUUGGUAUUGCAUGGGCCGCAGAGAAUUUAAUCGCAGUGAGUGAAGGAGUGAAUUGGGCGUUGUACAGCUCUUCCUGGAUUCGAAAUUCGAAGAAAUUGAAUACGGCUGCAAUUGUCGUGAUGCACAAGUGUCAGCAUUCCCCAAAAAUAGUGAUCGGUGGAUUAAUGCCGAAAUUAUCCGUGGAGUAUUAUGCAAAGUAUAUGUCUGCAGGAUAUUCCUUCUUCGCUAUGUUACAUUUUAUGCUUGAGAAAUUUGGGGAGAAUCGAUAG